GCGGGGGCCACCGCUACACGACAGGAUAGAGAAGCGUAUUAACGUAGAUAAGCGCAAAGGAGUUGAGGAGUUGAUCAACUCAUCAACUUCUGUUGUUUCUUUCCCUCUAAAAACCUCUUUGCUGCAUCUCAAUCUCCAUUUCUACGAGCAAUCUCAGGUAACAGUUUUGAUUCCAUGGCCCUUUCUUCAGAUUCUAUAAAGCCUCGAGAUGUUUGUAUUGUUGGUGUUGCUCGUACGCCUAUGGGUGGCUUUCUUGGUUCCCUUUCUUCUCUCUCAGCUACAAAGCUCGGAUCCAUAGCUAUUCAGGCUGCUCUUAAGAGGGCAAACGUGGAUCCCUCGCUUGUGCAAGAAGUCUUCUUUGGCAAUGUUCUUAGUGCUAAUUUAGGACAAGCCCCUGCAAGGCAGGCUGCUUUAGGUGCGGGUAUACCCAAUUCAGUUAUUUGCACCACCAUCAAUAAAGUUUGUUCAUCGGGGUUGAAAGCGACUAUGCUUGCUGCAUUGACGAUUCAAGUGGGUGUCAAUGAUAUUGUUGUGGCUGGUGGAAUGGAAAGCAUGUCUAAUGCACCGAAGUAUCUUGCAGAAGCAAGAAAGGGUUCUCGACUAGGGCAUGAUACCAUUAUUGAUGGCAUGCUGAAAGAUGGCCUAUGGGAUGUAUAUAAUGACAUUGGAAUGGGAGUUUGUGCAGAAAUAUGUGCUGAUCAAUAUACUAUUACAAGAGAAGAACAGGAUGCUUAUGCCACUCAGAGCUUUGAGCGUGGAAUUUCUGCCCAAAAUGAUGGUGUUUUUUCCUGGGAAAUAGUUCCUGUUGAAAUUUCUGAGGGACGAGGCAAAUCAUCUACUAUCGUUGAUAAGGAUGAAGGUUUAGGAAAGUUUGAUGCUGCCAAAUUGAGGAAGCUUAGACCAAGUUUCAAGGUUAGUGGUGGAUCAGUUACAGCUGGAAAUGCUUCUAGCAUAAGUGAUGGUGCAGCUGCACUAGUUCUGGUGAGUGGCGAAAAGGCGAUUGAGCUAGGAUUGCAAGUGAUUGCUAGGAUAAGAGGAUAUGGUGAUGCUGCGCAGGCCCCUGAGUGGUUUACAACUGCACCAGCCCUUGCAAUACCAAAAGCUAUUUCAAAUGCUGGUUUGAAGGCUUCCCAGAUUGAUUACUAUGAAAUAAAUGAAGCAUUUUCUGUUGUGGCUCUUGCUAAUCAAAAGCUACUUGGUCUUAACCUUGAUAAAGUAAAUGCUCAUGGUGGAGCUGUAUCUUUGGGACAUCCAUUAGGAUGCAGUGGAGCUCGUAUCUUGGUUACAUUGUUAGGGGUUCUUAGACAUAAAAAUGGUAAGUACGGAGUUGCUGGAAUUUGCAAUGGAGGUGGAGGGGCAUCAGCCCUUGUUCUCGAGCUCAUGUAAGCUCUCUACACUUGGUCAGUCGCGAGGGUGGGACCCUCUAUGUUAUGAACAAAUUGGUUACUGUGCUGUUUUGCAAUUUCAUCAUUUUCUUUUGUACACUACCUUGCAUUUAAUAAGGGAAGAUGCAGCAUAAUGCACUAGGUUUGUCGGAGAAGGUAUCCAACUGAUAAUGAUAAUCAAAAUAAACGAGCAGUAGAAUAGAAAAUACUAAUAGAAUAAAAAAGAACUAUCUUUUUGUAUACUUUUACCGGUUCAGUUGCUACUCCCUGCUUUGUUUGGAUGAAGAAUUUUCUCUUUUUAUUUUUUCUUUUUUUUUUUUCAUUUUUUCAAUUAUAAAUAUGGAAUUGUCCCCAGACAUUGUAUUGUCCCUCCUCAUUGAACAUUUCUGCUACAGCUCUACAAUGGUAAAAAUAAAUCAUGUGUUCUUCUUCC